AUGGAUACCUUAGCCUCAGAAGAUCCACAACUUGUUCGGAAACGACCCCGGACAUCAAAUUCUGUUGAUGGCGAAUCUUUGCCCACACCAACGGGUACUCCACCGGAUACCGGCGGAAGAGCCAAGCGAGCUCGUAACGAUGCAUUUAUGACCCAAACACAACACUCAUUGCAGACAGAUGAUACUGGUGACACACCCACUUCUAACGACUAUACACCAGGCUACAUCAAACGCGUCAAGCUACUCAACUUUAUGUGCCACGAAAAUUUCCAACUCGAGCUUGGUGGAAAACUCAAUUUUAUAGUUGGAAGUAACGGGAGUGGGAAAAGCGCUAUUUUAACUGCCAUCACUAUAGGACUGGGAGCCAAGGCUACCGAUACGAAUCGGGGCUCCAACCUGAAGGAAUUCAUCAGAGAAGGGUGUUCUUCAGCUAGCGUUGAAAUUGUAUUGAGUAACGAAGGAGAAAACGCAUACCAAGAGGGCAUUUAUGGCACCGAAAUAAUCAUUCAAAGGACCAUCAAAAGAGACGGCGCUGCUAGUUUCACUUUGAGUGGAGACAAGGGCAAAGUUGUGUCCCAUAAAAGACGUGAUUUGCAAGCCAUUGCAGAUUAUUUCUCUAUUCCAGUUUCAAAUCCGAUGUGCUUUCUAUCACAGGACGCUGCAAGAUCUUUCCUUACAGCUAGCACGCCAGCAGACAAAUACAAGCAUUUCAUGAGGGGAACUCUCAUCGAAGAUAUUGAACUCAACUUACAACGAGCCGUGGAAACAGCUACGAAGGCCCAUGACCAUUUGAUAUUUCAAGCUAAGAACCUUAAAUUACUACAAAAAGAAUACCAGGACUCAAGACGUUUACUGAAAGAACUACACGCAAGUCGUGAUUUGGGCAGACGGAAACAAAUUUUGCAAGGAAAACUUCUUUGGCAUAGCGUAGUGGAGAAUGAAGAUCUGCUUCAAAAGCUUGAUCAAACCAAAAACGAAUUUUUAGAAAAGAUCAAUGCCUUGCAAUCGAAAAAGGCUCGAGCAGAAAACAAAAUCGAGCGCUACAGUGCAGAUCAAUCUGCUUCAGAAGAAGACUUACUUAAGGCUCAAACCAAAUUACAAGAUGACAAGCAAUCUUUUGAAGAUGUAAGGUCAAAAAUGAAUCAAAUAAAGCUUGAUUAUGAAGUUCAGAAACGAAACCGCUCAGAGACAAACGCUAUGGCAGACGAUGCCCGCACCAAGAUAAAAGACUGCGCUGACAGAAUGGAAAACCUCAAAGAGCAGUUGAGAAGGCAGACUGGUGGUGACAAGGAGGGCUUACAACAAGAAUUGAAUGGAUUGGAGGAAGAAAUAUCUAAAGCAAAUGAACGACUUACACGCUAUAACAAACUACUGCGAACCACGAUUGAGGAAGAAGAAGCUUUGAACGCGGUAUGGGAGAGUCAAUCACUGGAAAAGAGCAAAAAAAUACAUUCGAAGAAGCAGGAGUUAGGCGCUUAUUUGGCUGGCAAGCAAAAUUUUUUGUCUAGUUUCCAUCCAAAAAUGGACCAAGUCGUGAGAGAAAUGAAGCGCGGGGAGCAUCAAUUCUCAACCCCGCCAAUUGGGCCCAUAGGCGCCUAUUUAACAGUCAAAAAGGAGUAUAGAGAAUGGGCAAAAUGCAUCCAGGCUUACCUGGGUAACAACCUCGGAGCGUUUGUAGUUUCUUGUGCCAAAGAUAAUGAAACGCUAAGAAAGAUCUUUGGGGCAUACAUACCCCAAAGGCAACACCCAAGUAUCAUAACGCGACGGCCCACAAGUUUCGAUUUUAGUGGAGGAAGGCCCAACGUCCACCAUCCAACUAUAGUCGAUGCUUUAGAGUUUGAUGAGGGUACCCAGUAUGUGCUGGUGGAUUUCAACAAUAUUGAGAGAAUUCUUCUCAUCAAGGACAAGGCGGAGGCAAGAAAUCUUCUGUUACACCCAAAGGGCACCAACGCAAAGAGAGCUUUGUCAUGGGUAAAAGAUGAUCGGUUUUUGAAUUUUAUAUCAGCAACCAGCGUCAACUCCAUAAAAUAUGAAGGUCCGCUGAAGAUGAUGACUGAAAGCUCGCCAGAUGAUGAUAUAGAGCACCUGAAGACCUCCAUCAUUCGGGAACAGAGAGAGUUAGACGAAGCGAAACAGCAGAAUGAUCGCUUACUUCGAGAAAAACGACAACAGAAAAGUGAAAUACAAUCCGAGAUCUCAUUUUUGAGAUCCUCAAUUUCAAAGCUGAAUAGACGUGAAGCAGUGCUUCGGAUUGAAUUAGAAAGAGAGGUAGAUAUGGGGGCCAUUGAACAGACACAAAUCGAGAAGCAAGAGUACGAAAAUGCUAUUUCCAGUUAUUUAUUGACUGCCACUGACAUCAGUGCAAAACUGGAAGCUAUAGGAGAAAGAGCUCAAAACUUAAGGCAAGAAUUAAGCGAGUCCAGGUCUCGGGUCGAAGCUUCUGAAACGUCACUCAAGGAGUUAAAGGGUUUCUGCGCUCAGAGAAAUUCUAAUCUUUCGAAACUGCGCGAAGAUCUUCCAUCCUACGAUCAGCAAAUUCACGAGUGCAAGGAGAAAUGCAAGGAAUCAGAGGAAGCCCAGGAAGAAUUUCGGGUUGGAAUUGCGCGGCAAAUCUCUAAGGCAGCGGUCUUUUGUAACAGAGAAGCCGCAUUCGAUCCAGGAAUGCCCUCAACUAAAGAGGAGGCUAUUGCUGAAAUUGAGAGAAUUUCUCGCCAGAUACAAAAUGCGGAGAACCGAGUUGGGUUGUCGCAAGAUCAAGUCCUUGAACGAUUCGAGAAAGCUAAAUUGAAGUACAAAGACGCUGAAAGAAAGUAUAUGGAGACCGACAAGGUAAUAAAUUACCUCAACAAAUCUUUAGAAAGGCGCUUUCAAUGUUUUGAUAUGACAAGGUCUAAUACAUGCUUUGAUGCUGACAGCGAUUUCAAAGAGUCGCUGCAAAAGAGAAAUUUUUCUGGUGGUCUCAGCUUUGAUUUUGAUAGAAGCUUUUUGAGCAUGUUCAUGAAAACACAAAACGAUGACAGUCCACGUAACGUUGACACAUUUUCCGGCGGGGAGAAAUCUUAUGCUCAGACUUCGCUACUACUUGCUACCUGGACGCAAAUGAGGUCAAGAGUGAUAGCGCUCGACGAAUUCGAUGUUUUCAUGGACCAGGUUAAUCGCCAAAUUGGGACGAAGCUAAUCAUAUCAAAGUCUCUUGGCAGCAAGAAAACGCAAACGAUCAUAAUCACACCGCAAGAUAUUGGCAAAAUUGCCGAUCUCGAUGACCCUCGAAUCUGCAUUCAUAGAAUGAAUGAUCCUGAGAGACGCGCAAAUCCGUAA